ACUGUCAAUCAUCAGAUACUCCUCUCCACCCUCUCAUCACUGGGCAUCGCUGGAAUUCCACUUUGCUGGUUUGAAUCCUAUCUCACUGAUGAUCCAACGGUAGCUGCAAGGAUCUCAGGUUGCCUGGCAGACAUCUCGACAUGGAUGAAAGAACAUCACCUCCAGCUCAACCUGGCAAAGACUGAGCUUCUUGUCUUUCCUGCCGCUCCAACUCUACAGCAUGACAUCACGAUCCAGUUAGGUUCAUCAGCAAUUACCCCAUCAACUUCGGUCAGAAAUCUUGGUGUAAUCUUUGAUGACCAGCUGACCUUCAAAGACCACAUUGCAAAGACUGCUCGAUCUUGCAGGUUUGCACUACACAACAUCAGAAAGAUCAGGCCCUUUCUGACAGAGCAUGCUGCACAACUUCUUGUCCAGGCCCUUGUCAUUUCUAGGCUGGACUACUGCAAUGCUCUUCUGGCUGGACUUCCAUCAAACACAGUCAAACCUCUACAAAUGAUUCAGAAUGCGGCACGACUGGUCUUCAAGGAACCCAAAAGAGCCCAUGUUACACCUCUCUUUAUCUCAUUGCAUUGGCUACCAAUCGCAGCUCGCAUCAAGUUCAAGACACUGAUGCUUGCUCAUAGAACAACCACAGGCUCAGCACCCGCCUACCUGCACUCACUAUUAAGAAUCUACAUCCCCUCCAGAAGUCUGAGAUCUGCUAGUGAGCGACGCCUCGUGGUACCAUCACAAAGAGGCUCAAAAUCACUCUCCAGAACAUUCUCGUUCACCAUUCCUGGCUGGUGGAAUGAUCUUCCCACCCAUAUUCGGAGUACUGGAUCCCUGGCAAUCUUCAAGCAACAGCUGAAAACUCAUCUCUUUCGACACUACUUGACUUCAACCUACACAUAAAAAAAAAAAAAAAAAAAUCUUUCUCCUUACUUAUUCCUUCCCUUGCUAGCUUGUACUUAUUUAAACAAUGCCUGAGACUUGGUGUUACAAGCACUUCCUUUGUCGGAUUGCCUCUUCAAGAUGAAUCGCUUCAUGUGUUCCCCAAAUUGUAAGUCGCUUUGGAUAAAAGCGUCUGCAAAAUGACUAAAUGUAAAUGUAAUAAAGUCUGAAUCCUGCAUUAAUUUGAGUGAUGACAGAUAUUAUGGGAGUGGCUUGA